AUGCUAUUUUGCAAAUAUACACUCUAUGUUGUGGGUGCGCUCUAUUCGUUGGCACAAGUUGCCCACGGUAUUGAAAUUACAAGAGACGUGGUAUUUAAUAUCCCACUAAUUGAGACGGACGUAAUAGUCGACACCGGAUUUGGUGUCUCGUUUAUGAGUAAAGGGAGUGUACCAAUUUCAAUGGAUGGUGAUAUAACUAACAACGGUGUCUUUUGCCUUGGUUUAACCAAAUUUGGUACCAUUUCCUCUGAUAGCAUUACAAACAACGGUCAGAUGUUUCUACAAACUGAGGAUUUUGCGGGCUCAAAAGGUUUCCAGGCCACAAACUUAUUGAAUAAUGGGUUUCUAUCUUUUACACGUAAUAGUUUUGGUAGUAUCUCGAUUACUGGAAGCUUUAUCAACAAAGGUGUGAUUUAUAUUAAUUAUCCUGGUGGCUCUGUUGUGCUUGAAGGACCUACAGGUGGGAUUGUUAAUGAUGGUGUCAUAGAAGUUGAGGCGGGAGAUAUACAAUAUAACAUAACAUUUUCGAACAUUGUUGGAACAGGUUGUAUAAAUCUCCAAAACCCCCUUCCGCCAAUAUUCGAUCUCUCUAAACCAUUUAACCAAACAAUAUACGCUGCAGAAAAUGAUUGGCUAUUAUUUACAGGACCGCAACUUGCAGAAUCUAUUCCGGUGGUGAGACUUCCCCCGGACACUACUUUUACUUUACUAGUGGGGCCACCAAUUCGCCAAGGACUAUCAUAUAAUUAUAGUACUGUCACCGGUAUGCUAAAUAUAACUAUUCAUUCAGGGUCUUUUAUUUUUGAUGUAGGUCCCAACUUGAAUGAAAGCCUGUUUGUGGCCUCGGUAUGCAAUAAUGUUGGAGAUGGAACCCUCUGUCUACAGAUGCAAUCUAAUUCUAAUGCAGAAAUGCCAUCCAAUUGCCAAUCAGGUGUUGACGCAUACAAGGUAGCUACUAACCUUUGCCCUACUAAGCCGGCUCUUCCUGCACCUUUAACCAUCAAAGCUUCAUACGAGGGCAAUACUAUAACCAAGAUAGUGUCCUAUGAGACAACCUUGGAUACUGAUGGGCUGCCAAAUACUGUUACUACAACGGAAUAUUUUAUCCCAUCGUUCAGUCUACCAUCUCCAUAUACUACUACUAUAACCAACGGCUUCCUGACACAAACAGAAGUAGUGAGCUAUUUUACUACAACGGGGUAUCUUCCACAUUUAACUGAAUUGACAAACCUUCCAUUCCCAGGGACAACAACUUCGACAAUCAGUGUUCCAUUUUCGAUACCACAUCCGUAUACUAGCACGUUUACUGAUCUUAACAUGACAGUGUCGGAAAUUAUUUCGUAUUAUUCCACAACGGGUAGUGACGGUAAACCUGCCACAGGGACCACAACUAGUACCCUUACUGCAACAAGCUAUAUAACUACAACAACAACAGAUUAUCCAAUGGGCACGACACAUAUUACCAAGGAUUACACAUCAGAAGGUACGUGGUCCAGUUCAGUGACCUAUUCUACUGCAGUGGAGACGUACAUUAUCAAAAUAUUGUCCACGGGGACAGGAAUUGAAACUUUAUCUACAAUUUAUUAA